GAUCAUAACUACAUGUUUACUCUAGUCGACAUAGGAUCGUAUGGUGGAAAUAGCGAUGGUGGUAUUUUUACCUCUUCUGACAUUUAUUCGGCAUUGCAACAGGAAACGUUGAACCUUCCUAAAGGAACUGCAAAUCUUCCUGGAAGCAACAUUAGAUUACCGUGCUUUUUUCUUGGAGAUAGUGCUUUUUCAAUCAGUACCAUUAUGAUGCGACCUUAUUCCGGAAAACUGCUUGAUGAAAGGAAGAAAAUUUUUAAUUACAGAUUGUCUAGAGCAAGGCGCAUCAUUGAAAAUACCUUUGGUAUUUUAUCUUCACGAUGGAGGAUUUAUCGAAAACCUAUCAAUAUGCAUCCAAAAUACGUAGACAGCAUUGUCAUGUCGACUAUGUUUACAUAAUUUUGUAAAAUCUGAAGAAGAUCAUAUGGAAGUGAAUAACAGAAUAUAUUGUCCUCCAAAUUUUGUUGACUCAGAUAAUACUACAGGCAACAUCAUACCUGGAGAAUGGCGGCGAUAUCGUGAUAAUGGAUUGACAGACAUACCUUCCACUUCAGCACAUCAUGCAAUUACAAUUGCUUACAAACAAAGAGAUAAACUAGCUGAUUACUUUCUAACAUCACCUGGUGAAGUUCCCUGGCAGUACGAAUAUGUUCAAAGAGGGCUGCAUUGCGAUGAUUUGUAAUGAAAUUCCAUUUGGAAUUAAUGCAUUUCAGAAUACUCAUUAUUUUUG